AUGCAAUCUGAAUUAGAUUUAUUAGAAAAGAAGGUUAAAGAAGUCAUACUAACUAAGCUUAAGGCUAAAAAUGCAGAACUUAUAGUCAAAAAAGCUAAUAUUGAAGCUAAAAAUGCAGAAUAUAUAAAGCUUAAGGAUGAGACUGCAAAGCUUAAGACCAAGAAUACCAAACUUUUAACACAAAUUAUAGAGAAAUAUGCUAAAAAUAAGGCUGAUAGAGUAAAAUUAAAAACUGGAUGCCCUGAAAACCGGAGUAAGAAACGUAAAAGAGAGUAUAAAAGAGGGCGUAAAAACGGAUUUUGUAUUGUACCUUUUUGUUCUUGUGAUCAAUAUGUUCUUUUUCGGUCUGCAGACGCUUCGCCAACUGGUACAACCGCCGGAAUGAGAAGAUUAUUCUUCAUGCCUUUGAACAUGCCGAUCUCUGACCAUAGCUCUUACCACGUCGUUGUCGGGAACCACGGAACUGGUAAGACCACAGUGGUCCGGCAGUGUGCUAGAGAUGUUGGAAAAGGGGUCAUUUAUGUUGAUGUACCCCCUGUAUUGGAUAACUUCAUUGAUAAACUUGCAAAGGCUAUUGGAUAUUCAUUCAAGGAGUAUGUGUCCUUCACUGAAUCAUUUAAGCGGAAGAUUCUAGGCAAUAGCGAGUCCGCUGAACAGCCCAGGUUUUUUCGUGUCCUGGAUGCCUUCGAGAGAGGAGCUAGAAAAUACAAGGAUAUCGCAAAACUCUAUGCUGACCAGAGCAGUUGCAUCAUUGUAUUUGUCAGUAGCGAGGGAACAGCGCCACGCAUGAUGAUGCAACGAUCAUCAUGGUCACGCGCUGAAAAAAAACCCAUUGUCAUCGAAGACCUAACUAGCAAAGAGGCAUUCACCUACCUCCACAGCAAGCUUGGCAUUGAGAAAAAGGUCACCAAUCAACUCAUCCAACUCUUAGGUGGCCGGAUUCGUGAUCUUAAGGAAUAUGGUAAUAUGAUAAAUAGAGGCGAGACAUUCGAAG